CUUUCUUUACUUUCUUUCUAAUUCCACACUUUCUCAGUCUCUCUUUCUUUGUUCAGUUUAAAAGAUUAAAAGUGUUCAGGUUGUUCUCUCUUUUUUGGAAAAUCUCUCCGGCUUAAGCCGAUAAAUCCAAUUGCUUUAAAUUGUUUCACUUUAAUUGACAUUGUCUGUGGUUAAUUAGUAACAAAAGAUUGUCUUUUCUUUAUUUCCAUUGGUUGACAUCAUAGUUGAAAUAAUUUUUUUCUUCUUUUCUUUUUAAAUUAUUUUUCACUUUUUUCUCUCUUUGUGGAUUUAUAAUAUUUCACCAUGAGAGUGAUACUUAUCUUUUGUCUUGCCGUUAAUCUGGUCUUUACCUCGGAAGUUAAAAAAGAGGAAAAUGUUCUAGUUUUAAAUAAAUCUAAUUUCGAUGGUGUAAUCAAAGAGAACAAAUAUGUUUUGGUUGAAUUCUAUGCACCUUGGUGUGGUCAUUGUAAAGCUUUAGCUCCUGAAUAUGCAAAGGCAGCUACAAGCCUUGCUGAUGAAGGAUCUGAAAUCCUUUUGGCUAAGGUUGAUGCUACUGAGGAAACUGAUUUAGCUGAAAAAUAUGAAGUUCGAGGUUAUCCAACUCUUAAAUUUUUCCGAAAUGGUCAAGCAUCUGAGUAUAAUGGUGGUCGAACUGCUGACGAUAUACUCAAAUGGGUUAAGAAAAAGACUGGACCUCCAGCCCUUACCCUUGAAUCCGUUGAAGAUGCCAACAAACUUAAAGAUUCCGCUGAGGUUGCCGUCGUUGGUUUCUUCAAGGAAGGUGAAAGUGAUGCUGCCAAAGCUUUCCUUGAAGUUGCUGCUACCAUGGAUGAUCAUCCAUUUGGUAUCACCUCUAAUGAUGCUGUUUUCAAAGAAUUUUCCGUCUCCAAGGAUGGUGUUGUUCUUUUCAAGAAAUUUGAUGAAAAACGUAACGAUCUUUUCGAAGAUAUCACCCAAGAGAGUCUUAAAAAAUUCAUCACCAGUAACAGUCUUCCUCUUGUUGUUGAUUUUAGCCAUGAGACUGCUCAAAAGAUUUUCGGAGGUGAAAUUAAGUUCCAUAAUUUACUUUUCCUUAGUAAGAAGGCAAGCAGCUAUGAAAAAAUUGUCGAAGGUUUUAGAAUUGUUGCUAAAGAAUUCCGUAAUAAGGUUCUUUUUGUCACAAUUAACACCGAUAUUGAAGAUCAUGAGCGAAUCAUGGACUUCUUCGGACUUAAGAUUGAAGAUGCACCAGGUAUGAGAUUGAUCCGACUUGAAGAAGAUAUGAUCAAAUACAAGCCUGAAACCUCUGAAAUCAAUGAAGAAAACAUCCGAUCAUUUGUACAAGGUGUUAUUGACGGUAAAAUUAAGAAACAUCUCUUAACACAAGACGUUCCAAGCGAUUGGGACAAACAACCCGUUAAAGUAUUAGUUGGUAAAAACUUCGAUGAAGUCGCUCUUGAUAAGAGCAAAGAUGUUUUAGUCGAAUUCUAUGCUCCAUGGUGUGGACACUGCAAACAAUUGGUGCCUAUCUAUGAUGCCCUUGGUGAAAAAUACAAGGACAAUGCUAAUGUUGUUAUCGCCAAAAUGGACGCUACUGCCAAUGAAUUAGAGCACACAAAGAUUAACAGUUUCCCAACAAUUAAACUUUUCAAAAAAGAUACCAAUGAGGUUGUUGAAUAUAAUGGUGAACGAACCUUGGAUGGUCUGAGCAAAUUCAUCGAGACCAACGGAGAAUAUGGUCGAGCCGCUCCUCAGGAGGAGAUCGACGAAGAAGAGGAGAAAGAAGAAAAAGCCGAUCCCAAGAAAGAUGAAUUGUAAAACUCGUCUGAUGAAAUGUUUUUUUUCUAACUUAAUCAACAUCUACACGGGAACAACCAUCAUCUAAUUUUAUGAUAAUUAAGAUUAAAAAUGUACUCAUUUCUCCGUUUAA